AUGACCGACACCCACCCUUCGCUGAGUCUCUCGGCCAUCGAGCAAAGCGGUCCGCGUGGUUACAUUCGACCGUUGUUCUUUUUCUCGCUCGAAAAACUGACCGACGUGGAGCAGAAUGAUGUUGUAUCACAUCUGGCUACCGCACUGGCACUUACCAAAUCAGCGAUUCCUUGCCUUUCCGCUGAAAUGAUCCCUGAUACUGAGUCGCAACAAAACGGACGCUUCGUACUUAAACCAAACCCUGAAGCUGGCAAGAUGUACGAGAAAGACUUGCGAGGGGGUUUGUUCCCUUUCACCUACAACGCGCUGAGAGAACAGCACUUUCCUACGUCAGCGCUUCCACAGGAUGUCCUCUGUCCAGUGCCAAUCUAUCCAACGCAAGCUCCUAUAUCAGUCUUCGCGGCUCAGACGACACUCAUCGACGGCGGACUGAUUCUCAACAUCUGCAUCAUGCAUCUGGUCGCCGAUGCUAGGGCCAUCUACGAGAUCUUGAGCAUAUGGGCGCAGAAUUGUAGACAUCUCCAGAAUCCGGACACAACUUCUGCAUGCGAGCAGCUUCCAUUAUCUGUUUUCGAGAAGACUCAAUUCGACCUUGGUCUCAAUACACCAGACGAUCAUCCUGAGUAUAUGGUGUUUGGCUCACCUCCAGCACCGCCGCCAGCUAUGCUCAAGCCAACUUUCCGGACUGAGGUGUAUCGCUUUACGCCAGAGAGUCUUGUCAGGCUGAAGGAAGAUAUGUCAGCUGGACUGGAUAGGAAUGAGCACAUAUCUACCAAUGAUGCUGUAUGUGCAUUAAUCUGGCGUUGCGUGCUGGCUGCGCAAGUUGACCUCGAUGAAGUGUCGCCGGAGGCAAUCUCGUUGAACACAAUCUGUGUAGAUGGUAGAUCACGUUAUUUGUCGCCACUACCAGAGAACCACAUCGGGUGUCCGAUGGUUUACGCAACUCCUGGUGUAAGUGUGGUUCAGAUGCUCGCAGCAGACAGUCUGCCAGACGUCGCUCGUACAAUUCGGAAGGCUAUCGCUGCCACCGACGAGCAUUACAUUGCAUCACUAGUUGGUUUCUUGCAAGGAGUGCAUAGUUACGAUUGCAUCGCACCGGCAUCCUUCGCUGGCUUGAUGGAUACGAAUGUCAUGAUAAGCUCGUGGUUUCGCGUACCAUUCUAUGAUAUCAAUUGGUCAUCAUGCCUAGAUUACCUACAGGAGAGAUGGAAGUUGUCAUCGGAUUGGACCAAGCAAAGUGGGACAAAUCCAGACAAGACAAGCUAUGGAUCAGGCGUAGUCCAGGAAGAUGAAGGUCAAAGAAGAGGCACGAGCUUGGGCCAUCAAGUCCUCUUGGCAAUUAAACAACCACCUCAAGCCACCCGAAACACUGCAAUUUCCGUCGCGAUGCACAUCGAGACCAUCCCUCUUGACAUUGGUCGAAGACGACAAAUUCUGUUCGAGCUGAAUGAGCCUGUUACUCUGUCAGCAGAGGAAUACGAAGAAAUUAAGCCGUGGGUCUCGAAUUGGUAUACAAAUGAAAAGGCCAACUCAUAUGCACCUCGCUUCAACACACAGCGUACCAAUUACCGAUGCAUCUUCCACGCUCAAAAAGCCUCGGAACCAGCUGGCAAAGGUCUCCGGGCUCGAUCUACACGUCAGCCUCUUGAAAAGCCAUGUCCAUUCACGAUGGGUGUAGUCGCUCACUACGCCAAAGAUGGCAAGAGCGUCGUCCGCUAUACCAUCGAUCGAACCAGCAUCCAUGAUCGCUGUCCGGAUCACACACAUGACAUUGAGAUGGUCGACAAGACCAGAAGAUGUGACGGUCUAAGAGCGAUCGCUUACCAUCGUAUGUCUUUGAUGGCUCCAGACGCAAAGGCAAAUCUUGUCUUCCACAGUAUGAAGGAAUUACCGCGCUACGAGGAAGCAGGAGGCAAGUACUUCACAAACUCAGAAGUUUAUCAUGUAGGUCGUGAGUUCAGGAAGCCUACCGAUGCCGUGGCGUCCAAGCCCGGUUCGGAUUCGCCUUCGAACCCAACAUCGACUUCGAACUCAAACCCACCUUCAAAUCCAGCCACAAAUACUACAUCUGAAGCUGAAGGUCAAGCCGAGGAAGAUGGUAUCGCUCCGCCCCCAUGGGCAUCGUUCAGGAAACGAAAGAGGGUACCAGAUGUGCAGGCACCUCAUCCUCGUGAUGCAACAGUUGUUGGCAGGUAUCGACCAGCAACCAUGGGCCUCUCAUGUGAGGAGAAUCGUGCGAGGAAUCUCGAGAUCAUGGCCAACGGGGGUGACAUCCAAGAGUAUUACAGACAGCAUCACCCACCACCUCCAAGACAGCCAAGACAACCAUCAGAUGAAACGCUAGAGAGACGUGAGCGAUUGUACGGAAAUACACCACCCGGUGAUAUCGCCUCACGAGUCAGGGAAAUUCUCUCUCGACCAAGUGGAGCUGCUCCACGUCCGGUUCAAAGCAACGGCGGAUAUUCACCCGCACCUGUAGACUUGACUUCGCCGGGAGGCUAUGAACCACCACCCAACAGACCAGCACAACCACAUACAUGGCGCCCAUCGCAUCCAGAACCUCAACCUUACGGUUGGCGUCCGUCGUAUUCUGAACCCCAGCCACAUCAAUCAUCGAACCAGUCGAACAUGAUUCUGCCGACAUGGAUGACCGCCAAUGAACCGACUUUGCUACAAACAAGAUCUGUACAAGUCGGCCGCUCUGCUGUUGUGGUAGAAGCGCCAGUCAGUAUCGGUGACCUUCUCCGAAAGGCAGUACCUGAAAACGCUCCGUCACAACCAAUCACUCCACAUCAAACAGAACGUCACACUGUGGCAUUACCACCGACUCAGCCUGUGGUCAACGAACGCGCGACACUUCGCGAACUGCUCAGUAUGCAACAGUCGUCGACUCCAGAAGUGGACCGAGAGCGUUUUCCCCCGAACCCAUUCUCCUGA